AUGGCGAACAUCGAAGAUAUCCAGUUUGAAAUUGAUCGCUUGAAGCAGGAAUACGAAGAGGCAACAUUCUACGCAACUGUUGUGCUCGUGUCUCACGCAUUAGGCAUCAGAAAUUACCAGCCAUCUGUAAAGGUCCAGUAUGACUACGCCUGUAUGCUCAUGUGUUCCAUGCAAAGCAACCACAUCAAUUUAUCGAUUGAAUUAUUCGAAGAGCUCCUUAGAAUUAGAUUUAAUAGCGUGCAAUGCAUGUACCAGUUGGCUCUUUGCCAUAUGAGGAAGAGGGAAUACAAAAAGGCCAGACGGCAUUUGGAUAUGUUGUUACGUUUGGAGCCCAGGAACCAUGCGGCUCUUUCCCUCCGCAGCCUCCUUUUCGACAUCUUGUCUGAUGACGCUAUGAAAGGAUCGCUUUUCGUUGUAAUGGCAUCAUUGUGCGCCUUUGCGCUGUACAAGUCGUGGAGAUGA